AUGCUAAUCUUCAGAAGAAAGAUAGAAGAACUCCAAAAGAAGAUUUUAGUUGUUGACGUGGAAAGAGUGUUGCCACAUUUUUUUCACAUACUUGAUUCCAGUAUAAUAAGGAAAGAGAUGUUCGAGCCAAAUAUGUUGCUUGCGACUAUGAACAACGCAGAUAGCAACAACCACAACUACAACCAUGAAGAAAACAACAAUAACAAUGAAGGAUUUCUUCGGGAUGAUGAAUUCGAUAGUGCGAAUACUAAAUCAGGAAGUGAGAACCAAGAAGGAGGAUCAGGAAAUGAUCAAGAUCCUCAUCAUCCUAAUAAGAAGAAACGAUAUCAUCGACACACCCAACUUCAGAUCCAGGAGAUGGAAGCAUUCUUCAAAGAGUGUCCUCACCCAGAUGACAAGCAAAGGAAACAACUUAGCCGUGAAUUGGGUUUGGAGCCUCUUCAGGUCAAAUUCUGGUUCCAGAACAAACGCACCCAAAUGAAGAAUCAUCACGAGCGACACGAGAACUCGCAUCUUAGGGCGGAAAACGAAAAGCUUCGAGGAGACAACCUCAGAUAUCGAGAGGCUCUUGCAAAUGCUUCAUGUCCUAAUUGUGGUGGUCCAACGGCUAUUGGAGAAAUGUCCUUCGAUGAACAUCAACUCCGCCUCGAAAAUGCUCGAUUAAGAGAAGAGAUCGAUCGAAUAUCCGCGAUCGCAGCCAAAUACGUAGGGAAGCCAAGUUUGGUAUUAGACGAAGAAGAAUACGCACGAACGUUUCCUAGAGGGAUCGGACCUAAACCGGCUGGGUUUAGAUCCGAAGCAUCGCGGGAAAGCGCGGUUGUGAUCAUGAAUCAUGUUAACAUUGUUGAGAUUCUCAUGGAUUUGAAUCAAUGGUCGACGGUUUUCGCGGGGAUUGUUUCUAGAGCGAUGACAUUGGCAGUUCUAUCUACAGGAGUUGCAGGAAACUAUAACGGAGCUCUUCAAGUGAUGACUGCAGAGUUUCAAGUCCCAUCACCAUUAGUCCCGACCCGCGAGACCUAUUUCGCACGUUACUGUAAACAACAAGCAGAUGGUUCGUGGGCGGUUGUCGAUAUCUCCUUGGAUAGUCUCCAGCCGAAUCCUCCGGUUAGAUGCAGGCGGCGAGCCUCGGGAUGUUUGAUUCAAGAUAUGCCAAAUGGAUACUCUAAGGUGACUUGGGUGGAACAUGUGGAAGUUGAUGACAGAGGAGUUCAUAACUUAUAUAAACACAUGGUUAGUACUGGUCACGCCUUUGGUGCUAAGCGCUGGGUAGCUAUUCUUGACCGCCAGUGCGAGCGGUUAGCGAGCGUCAUGGCUACAAACAUUUCAUCAGGAGAAGUCGGCGUGAUAACAAACCAAGAAGGGAGGAGGAGUAUGCUGAAAUUGGCGGAGAGGAUGGUUAUAAGCUUUUGUGCAGGAGUGAGUGCUUCAACAGCUCACACGUGGACUACAUUGUCUGGUACAGGAGCUGAAGAUGUUAGAGUGAUGACUAGGAAGAGUGUGGAUGAUCCAGGGAGGCCUCCGGGUAUUGUUCUUAGUGCAGCCACUUCUUUUUGGAUCCCUGUUCCUCCGAAGCGAGUCUUUGACUUCCUCAGAGAUGAGAAUUCAAGAAAUGAGUGGGAUAUUUUGUCAAAUGGAGGAGUUGUGCAAGAAAUGGCACAUAUUGCUAAUGGGAGGGAAACCGGAAACUGCGUUUCUCUUCUCCGGAGUGCAAACUCUAGCCAGAGCAAUAUGCUGAUUCUACAAGAGAGCUGCACCGAUCCUACAGCUUCCUUUGUGAUCUACGCCCCUGUCGAUAUUGUGGCGAUGAACAUAGUACUUAAUGGAGGCGAUCCGGACUAUGUGGCUCUGCUUCCGUCUGGUUUUGCUAUUCUUCCUGAUGGUAAUGCCAAUGGUGGAGCCGCUGGAGGAGAAGGAGGGUCGCUCUUGACUGUUGCUUUUCAGAUUCUGGUUGACUCGGUUCCUACGGCUAAGCUGUCUCUUGGCUCUGUUGCAACUGUCAACAAUCUAAUCGCUUGCACUGUUGAGAGGAUUAAAGUUUCCAUGUCUUGCGAGACUGAAACAACAAAUGGAAACAAAGACAAAGGAAAGAUGUUUCUGUUUGAAGAGAGAGAGCUUUUGAUUGGGUGUGUUAAUGGGGAAAAAGCGGAGGAGUCAAGAGCGAACCUCACAACGAUAUACCAUUGA